UAAUUAUGAAAAUUAUGGAAUUAUACUACUCUUUAAGAAAAACUUUCCAAAUAUGUGUUUUAAUGAUUGAAUUUAAAUAUUUAUAUUAUUAAUAACUAUGAUAAUUGAUGUGAUGGGAUUAUUUGAAUGACGAUGAUUGGAUUUAGAUUUUUCUAUGAUGAAUGUUGAAGAUUUGAAUUAUUAUAUCCUUGAAUAAAUUGGAAAGUUAUGAUGAUGAUCAGAUUUGGAUUUUACUGUGAUGACUGUUGAAGAUUUGAAUUAUCAUAUCCUUGAAUAAAUUGGAAAGUUAUGAUAAUGAUCAGAUUUGGAUUUUACUGUGAUGACUGUUGAAGAUUUGAAUUAUCAUAUCCUUGAAUAAAUUGGAAAGUUAUUAUGAUGAUCAGAUUUGGAUUUUACUAUGAUAGAUGCUGAAGAUUUGAAUUAUUAUAUAAAUUCGAGAAUUUAUGAUAAUAGUUGUUUGAAUUAUGAUACUUUGGAAAAUUAUAAUGCCGUUGAGUAACUCAUUUAGAGAUGAUAAUACUUAAAGAAUAAAUAAUUAUGAUUGAAUCUUUCCUGAUUGUGUGUGUUUGUAAUAAAUUAAUGGUGGGAAGAUAGCUUUGGGAUGGUACCUCCCAAGGUGAUGAACACAACUUUUGGGCUUUAUGCCUCCGAUGUGAAACUGAUGUGAAAAAGAUUAUAUCCGUUCUUUCCAAAGUGGUGUCUGGCAGGGUUUCCCGGGAUACUAGUAGCAACUUUGGGAAGAGGUGUGCACACUAGGAAGAUGUGAAUUGAUUAUGGCCAAUAUGAUUUGUUUGUGACUGGCAGGGUUUCCCGGGUCACAGGGUAGACUGGCAGGGUUUCCCGGGUCUACCAUGGUUCUCUUCCCACUAAAUAUAACGAACUUAAACAUUAUUAAUAAUGAAAUUUGUUAUUUGAUUUGAUUAUGAAGAAUGUCAUUGAGUUGUGAAUAUUAUCAUAUUAUGACUAAUGUUGUGCUAAAUAUAUUAGUUGAUAAUUACCAAAUACAUUAAAUGAACUUAAUAAAGAUAAAUAUUAUAUAAUGGAAUUUUGAUUAUUAUAUUGAUAUUUGAUUUGAUUAAUGUGGAAUUGAUUUGAACACUAUUUGACAUUUGAUUUAAUUUGUUAUUACUCAUAUUAAUUGUAUUUUGAUUAGGAUUACCAGCUUUGCUGACUUUUGUGUUUGUUUGACUGCAAUGAUCCUGCGGCUGCGGGGGAGCAGAUUUUCAGUGAAGCAUGUUGCAAAGGAUGGGGCUAGCUGUGGACAGUGAGGAUCACGACUCGAGUAUUUCAAGCUAGUUUCUAAGUUUAGAAAUUUAUGAGAUUUAAAUAAAUGCAUAAGACAUAUUUCCUUUAUUUAAAUUUUAGUCUUUGGUUUUAUUUUAAUGUAAUAAAUUUAGCCUUGCACCUGUUCAUUGUACAGGUGCGGCGGUAACAUUCCCCAAAUUAGAUUUUGAUUAGCUUCCGCAAUAUUUCUAUUAUUAUAAUUGUGAAAAAAAAAAUGAAUUUUGACAAUUUAUUUAUUAUAAGAUUGUUUCAUAAAUUGUUAGAAAUUUGGGGUGUUACAGCUUGUCUCAUAGAUGUUAUUGUUAUUUUCAAAUCUGAACCGAUAUAAAGAGGUUGCACGUAUUCCAACAACUUGGGCUAUAAUUUUGUGUUUUUUGUUAUGUUGCAGACGUCAGAAAGAGAAAAAGGAAGAAGUGGCAGAGCCUGAGGUUGAUCCUGAAAGAGAUCAAAGAACGGUGUUUGCUUAUCAGAUUUCUCUGAAAGCAGAUGAAAGAGAUGUAUACGAGUUCUUCUCGAGGGCUGGCAAGGUGCGAGAUGUUCGCUUGAUUAUGGACCGCAAUUCAAGACGUUCUAAGGGUGUUGGGUAUAUUGAAUUCUAUGAUGUCAUGUCUGUCCCCAUGGCAAUAGCACUUUCAGGUCAACCUCUUCUUGGUCAACCAGUGAUGGUGAAGCCAUCAGAAGCAGAAAAGAAUUUGGUUCAGUCCACAGCAUCUGUUGCUAGUGGACCCAAUGGACUUAUAGGCCCUUAUUCUGGGGGAGCAAGAAGGCUGUAUGUUGGCAAUCUGCAUUUCAAUAUGACCGAAGCUGAUCUUUGUAGGGUGUUUGAAGCAUUUGGUCAGGUUGAGCUAGUCCAGCUGCCUCUUGAUGAAAGUGGGCACUGCAAAGGUUUUGGCUUUGUACAGUUUGCACGCCUUGAAGAUUCAAGAAAUGCCCAGAGCUUGAAUGGUCAAUUAGAGAUUGGUGGCAGGACAAUCAAGGUAUCAGCUAUUACUGAUCAAUCUGGAAUGCUAGAAGCUGGAGGAAAUCCUGGUGAUUUUGAUGAUGAUGAAGGUGGUGGCAUGUCCCUGAAUGCAUGUUCUCGAGCAUUACUCAUGCAGAAGUUGGAUCGCAGUGGCACUGCAUCAAGCAUGGUUGAUUCCCUUGGUAAUUCUGUUAACAAAGAUAUUAGUCUACCAGCAGCGGCACUUCUGGGAGCUGCGAGGGGUUCUCCACUGGUUCCCGCCCUUUCUUCAGUUACUGCAGUAGCUGGUUUGCCAGGUGGAGGUCUCCAAGUUCCUACGGCUACAAUUCCUUCUAUUGAUACAAUUGGUGUUCCAAGUGAAUGCUUAUUGUUAAAGAAUAUGUUUGAUCCCAAAGAUGAGAAGGAACCCGAUUUUGAUUUAGAUAUUAAAGAAGAUGUUGAGGCAGAGUGCUCCAAGUUUGGGAAGUUAAAACAUAUACAUGUUGAUAAGAAUAGUGCUGGUUUUGUGUACUUACGAUUUGAAAAUACCCAAUCUGCAAUAAGUUCACAGCUGGCCUUGCAUGGAAGAUGGUUUGCUGGGAAGAUGAUCACUGCAAGCUUCAUGGUGCCCCAGUCAUAUGAGGAUAAAUUCCUAGACAGCAAAUAAAUUCAUGGGGUCUAGCAUUCGGUAGCUGUUGCAUUUAUGAGGAAUCUCGUGGCAGAAAUACUCAUCCUUCAGAAUCAUACAACUUACAGCUUCCUUUGAGAAAGAUUUGAUCAAUCCAUGUACACAUCAAUGGAACUUUCAUUUGUCUUGAGAGGUUAAAAGGUGCUUUUUGUAAAAGCUGCAGUUGCUAUACAUCUUCUGUUUUUGCGGGGUGUUGGUUUGAUUUAAGCAUCUUAUUACGGUAUUACUAUUGUAGCUUGGCAGUGUUAUUGAUUGGGACAAUGGCUUUGUGAUGCUAGAAACAUCGAUGUAAUUUCACUUUGGCUGAUGCCUGAUGGCAAUCACACAAGUUUUGAUGCUCCGCACUUUCUUUGUGGGCCGAAUAGUUUAAGGGAACAAAAAAUUAGUUGGUUAAAAGUUUUGGGUGAAUAGUAGUAUUUGUUGGUGUCUAAUUUCCUUUUAUCUUCCAAAAUUUCCACCAAAUUAUUUUAGUUAAACUUUUGCAUCAAAAUUUGGGCAACAAUUUCUG